GUCUGCUUUGUUUCACCCAUGCCAUAAACCCAUACCAACGACUAGCUAUUCGUCAAGCUAGCGAUUUUCCGAGCACCCCUUAGCAACCAUCAUCACUGUUGUCCACAUCUUCAACAUGGCCGACAGCAUCGAGCCCAUCGCCAUUGUUGGCAUGUCAUGCCGCUUCCCCAGCGAGGCCAAGUCCGUUGAUGGCCUCUGGGAGAUGAUGACAACAGCCAAAAAGGGACACUCCAAGAUUCCUGCGGACCGCUUCAAUGCCGAUACCUGGUAUCACCCGAGUCACGAUCGACGAGGAGCAGUGAGUCCAUUCAUUCCGCCAUCUCAACGGUCGAUGAGAAGAUAUCAAGAGAUGUCUAACCAUGAGUGACCAGGUCAACACCAAGCAUGGCUUCUUCUUGGAGGACGAUAUUUCCCUCUUUGACGCUCCCUUCUUCUCCAUCACCGCAAAGGAAGCAUCGGGCAUGGACCCAAUGCAACGUCUUCUCCUGGAAGUGUCGUACGAAACCUUUGAAAAUGCCGGUGUCCCAAUGGAAAAGCUCGUUGGGAGCAAGACCUCGGUCUUCUGCGGCUGCUUUACCGGUGAUUACGAUCUUCUUUCCAACCACGACAUUUUCGACCAUGCCCCAAACGCAGCCACUGGAACCGGAAGGGCCAUGCUGUCGAAUCGUGUCUCGUGGUUUUUCGAUCUCCGUGGAUCCAGUUUCACCGUCGACACGGCCUGCUCGUCGAGCUUGUACGCCCUCCACAGUGCGUGCCAGUCGCUGCGACUGGGCGAGUCCAGCCAGGCCUUGGUCACCGGCUCCAACCUCGCUCUUUACCCCAGCAUGUUCCACUCGCUCACCAACAUGCAUUUCCUCAGCCCGGACGGCAUCUGCCACUCUUUCGAUGACCGUGCCAACGGCUACGCUCGAGGUGAGGCCAUUGGUGGCCUUCUCCUGAAGCCACUGUCCAAAGCCCUGGCCGACGGAGACACCAUUCGUGCUGUCAUCCGUGGGAGCGCAACCAACCAGGACGGCAAGACUCCCGGUAUCACCAUGCCCAGCCCAGAGUCACAGGCGGACCUCAUUCGUUUUGUCUACGCACAAGCCGGCCUGAAGAUGUCCGACACGAGUUACUUUGAGGCACACGGCACCGGUACUGGCCUUGGAGACCCUAUGGAGCUUUCGGCAAUUGGAACGACCUUGGGCGCGGCCCGCGAGGCUGGUCAGACUCCUCUCUACGUGGGCAGUAUCAAAUCAAACAUUGGCCAUACUGAAGGAUGCUCUGGUCUGGCCGGUGUUAUCAAGUCAGUGCUGCUCCUGGAGAAAGGCAUGUUGGUGCCCAAUGCCGGGUUCGAGAAUCUUAACCCGAAGCUGCGGCUGAAGGACUGGAAUCUCGCUCUGCUGUUGAACACCAUGGCUUGGCCCACGUCGGGCCUGCGCCGUGUCAGUGUCAACUCCUUCGGAUAUGGAGGUUCUAACGCACACGUCAUUAUCGAUGAUGCUUACCACUACCUGAAGAGUCAUCACCUCAUUGGCAAUCACUCGACGGUGGUCAACGAUGACAACGACUUUGGAUCAGACUCAGGUGUCAGUAUGGGUGGAAGUGACGCCAACACGCCUCCCCCAGAGGAAGAGGAUGACGACCACGUGCCAAUUGCUGGCAACAACAGAUUGCUGGUCUUCUCAAGUCUGGAUCAGGCCGGUCUCCAGCGGCAGGCUGCGAGCUACCGAUCGGCUUUAUCCAAGACGGAGAAGAAUCAGAAGUUGACCACAUUGGAAUACCUGGAUCAGCAGGUAUAUCUGGACGACCUGGCCAACACUCUCGCCAGCCGCCGAACCAAAUUCGAUUAUCGCAGCUUCGCCGUCGCCGACUCUACCAGCACGUUGACGAGCAAGCUGUCCAAGGGCCUGCCAAAACUUAAGAGAGCCCUGAAAGAUAACAACAUCAUGAUGGUUUUCACCGGUCAAGGCGCUCAGUGGGCCCAGAUGGGCAGGGAGCUUCUGGAUCGACCUGUCUUCCGUGAGGCCACAGCCAAGUCACAGGCGUACCUGAAGAAAUACGGGGCGACCUGGGAUGUUUUUACCGAGCUCUCCAAGGGCGAAGAUAGCAGAAUCGACUCACCCGAAUUCAGUCAGCCGAUCUGCACCGUUCUCCAAGUCUCCCUUGUGGCACUCCUCCGCCACUGGGGUGUCACACCCAAGGCGACCGUUGGCCACUCCAGUGGUGAGAUUGGGGCUGCGUAUGCCGCUGGUUAUCUCACCCACGAAGAUGCGAUCAAGAUUGCAUACUUCCGAGGCGUCUACUCGGAGGACGUAGCACGCCGACUUGUCGACCGCCAAGGCAUCAUGAUGGCAGCUGGUGUUUCAGAGGCCGUGGCUCAGGAGUAUCUUCAGAAAGUCACUGACGGUGUUGCCGUUGCGGCAUGCAUCAACAGUCCAUCCAGCGUCACGCUAUCUGGAGAUGUGUCAGCCAUUAACCAGCUGGAAAGCAUGUUGGCUAAAGAUGGCAAGUUCGCACGCAAGCUGCGUGUCAAGACGGCGUAUCAUUCAUCACACAUGCAAGUCAUUGCCGACGACUACCUUCGUGCCAUGGGUGACAUCAAGCCACUUCAGGGCAAUGCCGGCACUUUCAUGUACUCCUCGGUGACCGGCAAGUUGGCAUCGGCUUCUGACUUUGACGCCACGUACUGGGUCAAGAAUAUGGUUGGGUCCGUGCGGUUCUCUGACGCAGUAAGUGGCUUGCUUGUCCACUCAACCAGCAAGUCUGCCCGCCGCAAGACCCCUGUGAAGUGGAGUGCCGUGGUCGAACUUGGUCCUCACGAGGCUCUCAAGGGCCCUGUCAACCAGAUCAUGACGGCUGUCGACAGCAAGCUUUCCUCCAACAUCAUCUACAUGGCGCCAGUCCUUCGAGGCAAGAAUGCACAGAUCACGGCAUUGGAAGCCGCCGGCAACCUGUGGUGUUCAGGUCACUCAGUCGACCUGGCCAAGGUCAACGGGUUUGACCGACAACUUGCCACCAGGAAAGUCCUCUCAGAUCUGCCCACCUACCCAUGGAACCACUCCAAAGGCUUUUGGUACGAGCCUCGCAUGACCACCGCAAAGAGGUUCAAGAAGGAGCCACGAACUGAUCUUUUGGGUGCUCCCAUUGACAACCAGAACGAUUUGGAGCCGCAUUGGCGUCAAAUCCUGCGCAUUUCCGAGAACCCGUGGAUGGAGCACCACGAAAUCACCGGCACGAUCCUCUACCCCGGUGCUGGCAUGCUGAUCAUGGCCAUUGAGGCUGCUCGACAACUGGCUGACCCCACCCGGUCUUUGAAGGGCAUUGAACUGCAAGAUGUCGUCUUUGGUCGUGGUCUGGUCAUCCCAUCAGGUGAGGAGGCUGUGGAAACCUCCCUCAGUCUGCGACCACACAAGACCUUCCCUCAUACCUACAGCUGGACUCUCUACUCUCUUCCCGCAGGAAGCUCAUCGUGGGUCGAGAAUUCCUCGGGUCUCGUGGCUCUGAUCUACCAUGACCGAACCGAGGCGGUGGACGGGAUCAACACGGAAUGGGGCUUCCAGUCUUCCACUUACGAAGCCAUCAAGAAGACCUCGACGGUCAACAUCAACAUGGACAAGUUCUACAAGGACUUGGCUGCCAUCGGCAUGGGUUAUGGCCCCUCUUUCAGGAACCUGACUGAGAGCAAGGCGGUCCCCGGCACCUUCCGUGCUCACGGUGUGAUUACCAUUCCCGAAACCAAGGCCCUUAUGCCACAUCAAUUCGAAUACCCACAUCUCAUUCAUCCAGCCACACUGGAUGCCAUCUUCCAUCUCCUGUUCGCGGGCUUCGCCCAGGAUGAGGGCAUGAAAGAAUCCGCAGUGCCAGUCAGCAUGGAGAGGAUGUUCAUCGCAGCUGAAUGCCCUCAAGGAGCCGGCACUCAGUAUUUCGGAUACACCGAAGGUACCAUGGCGGACGGUCGCGAUCUUGCCGGAGACAUCGUCCUGUCUGAUGAUCAAUGGUCGGAGCCCAAGGUUGUAAUCUCCAUCAAUGCCCGAAAGGUCACCUCCAGCGGGUCAAACAGCGAUGGUGCCUCUUUGGAUGAGAUCAAGAGGACGGCUGUGCCUGUCUGGAAGGAAGACUUCUCCUUCAUGGAGCCAAGCGUUAUCGAAAGCUUCAUCCAAGACAACGCCCAAACAGCUAGCGCACAGCUGGCUCUCUGGCUCGACCGCGCAUGCCACAAGGACGCGGACCUCCGCGUGCUCUUCGUGGCCGACAACAUGUCUACCGAUCUGCAGGAAAUCAUCCGCAAAUUUGGACCGGAAGAAGGUCAGAUUCUUCGAUUCCGACAGCUCACAGUUGCAGCCAAGGAUGAGGCUGCUAUCGAGGAGAUGAAGACACUCGGACUCGACAAUUUGUUGGUGAAGUACCAAACCAUCGACCUGAAGGCUUCAGCCACCGAACAGAACUUUGCUGAGAGUGCAUUCGACAUGAUCCUGGCCGGUGCCGCACCUGCAGCUGGAGCUCAACAGGCUGCAUCCUCUCUCAAGCCAUUGUUGGCACCGAAUGGUAAGUUGAUCUUCACCAGCACCAUCUCAGAGGAUCCCAAGGACAACUGGCAAGCCAUUUUUGAGGACGUUGGACUGGUGAAGGUUGCUGUCUGCCAAGAGCCAGCGACCGAGGCUGUCUUGGCAGUCGGCUCUGCUGGUACAAAGGAAGAGUCGGCUCCACAGUACAGCAAUAUUGUCUUCCUGAAGAGAGACAUCGUCUCGGCAGAGCUGGAAACCACAAUGGAGAAGCUGUCAAGCCAGCUCAAGACGAUCGGGAUCCAGACCGAGGUCGCCACCCUCAGUGCGAUCGAAGAUGUCCAGGAGAAGGGUGUCAUCUCCUUUUUGGAAGCCGAGACUCCCUUGGUCAUCAACUGGAGCAGCGGAGAGCUCGAACAGUUCAAACGCCUGGUAUUAUCGACCCCAUACUUGAUCUGGAUCACUAGAGGUGGUCAGUUGAUUGAUUCCGAGGCUCUGGAAUUUGCACCAGCGACUGGUCUGCUGCGCACGAUCCGAACCGAAGUACCUCAGAUCACUCUGCCACACAUUGAUUUGGCACCCGCCGUCGAUUUAGCUGCCAAAUCCACCACCGACUUGAUCAUGAAGGUUUUCAAUGCCACAGCACGAGAGACAACGCAGACACCAGAAAUGGAAUUCGUCUCGUCACAGGGCAAGGUCUUGAUUCCGAGAGUGGUUGAAAACAACAGCUUCGAUCGCGAGAUUGAGUUGCACUCCGCAAAUGUCAGACCGGUCAUGGCUCCUCUGCACCAGGAUGGUCGCCCACUCAAGCUCGAGAUUGGUUCGUCUAGAAUUCGCUGGGUUGAGGACGAGGAGGCAGUGUCAGGCCUGGCCUCCGAAGAUGUCGAGAUCAAGAUGUCGGCGGUGGGCUUGAGCAGCUUGGAUGCUCGUGCUCUUGCUGAUGCGUCUGGAGCCGUGGUCGGCCGAGAGGGCACCGGUGUUGUCACUCGUAUCGGUUCCGCUGUCAAGCGCUUCUCUGUCGGUCAAGAAGUGGCCGUCCUCAAGGCUCACAGCUACAGGACACACCUACGACAAGAUCAGUCCCUUGUCCAGGCUUUGCCCGCGAAAGUCUCGCCGGUCGAGGCAGCAGCUCUCCCGACCACCUAUUCCGCCGCAUACUACGGCCUGGUUGACCUUGCCCGCGUCUCCUCGACUGACAAGGUACUGAUACAGGCUGGCAGCAGCGGCUUGGGCUACGCCGCCGUGCAGAUUGCACUUUGGAAGGGUGCUGAUAUCUUCGUCACGGCUGACCCGACUGCCACUCCAACCCUCGUUGCGUACGGCAUCCCUGCAGACCAGAUCUUCGACGAACGAAGCGGCUACAAGGUGCAGCUUCAACACAUUGCUGGUCCCCUGGAUGUCAUCUUCAGCGCAACAUCGGGCAAGCCGCUUCGAGAUUUGUGUGCUUUGAUCAAAGACUUUGGCCGUUUCGUCAACGUCAGCUCCGAGGCGACAACGGAACAGCUCUGCCCAACCCUCUUCGCACGCAAUGUCAGCUUCACCAACAUGGACUUGGAGCGCCUCUUCAGCAGCCCCUUGAUGAGCCGGCUCCUCGGGAAAGUGUUCAGCUUGCUCGACAACGGCUUCGUCGGCCCCAUCCCCACCACGGCACACUCCGUCUCCCGUCUGCAAGAGGUGGUUUCCUCCUUCGAGGGUGCUCAUGGUGUCACCGUCCUCCGUCUUGACCAAGACGCGGUCGUCUCCACCGCUCCCCUGGCCCCACCAGCUUUGAAGCUCGACCCUGAAGCGACCUACGUCCUCUCUGGCGGUCUUGGUGGCCUCGGUCCUAACAUUGCCAGCACCAUGUACGAGGCUGGUGCCCGCCACUUAGUCUUCCUUUCCCGAUCUGGCGCUCGCACACCAGAGCAGAAAGCCGUAUUGAAGAAGCUUCAAGCUGGCGGCUGCAAGGCCGACGCACUGGCUUGCGAUGUCAGCGAUGCCAACGAUAUGCGAAAGGCCAUGGAUACGGCAGCUCGAAACGGCUGGAAGAUCAAGGGUGUCAUCCAAUGCGCCAUGGUCCUGCGUGACUCAGUCCUCGAGAACAUGACCUACGACAAGUGGGUCGGCGCCACCACCUGCAAAAUCCCCGGAACCUGGAACCUCCACGCCUUCCUGCCCGAGGACAUGGAUUUUUUCAUCGUUCUGUCAUCCGUAGUCAGCGUCAUCGGAAACACCGGUCAAGCCAACUAUUCGGCCGGCAACUCUUACCUGGACGCUCUCGCUCACUACCGCCACAACAAAGGUCUUGCUGCCACCAGUCUGAACAUCGGUCUCGUCACCGACGCCACUCACUUCACCGAAGACUUCACAAUCGAGAACUUCCUGCAGCUUUACGGCCACUUGGUUCCCGUGUCAGUCGAGGACAAAGAAGUCAACAUUGCCUUGACCGCGGCCAUGCGUGGCGUCACCUCGGACGGCGUCAAGGUGCCGACACAGGUCGUGGUUGGCAUCCGAGGCGAUCUCGAUCGCGAAGGCAGCGUCACCAGCUUGUGGCCCAAGGAUCGCAAAUUCGACCACCGAGCCAAGUACAAGGGUACCGGCGGUGGCGAUGGCAAGGUUCCGCUCAAGACCAUCCUCGCUAACGCCAAGUCCAUUGGAGAGGCUGCAGAAGCAGUCGAGUCCGCUCUGCGAUCCAGUGUCGCAACCUCAAUGGGCUCAUCACCCGAUGAGGUCGAUGUUGACAAACCACUGCACUCUUUCGGAAUCGACUCCCUCAAAGCAGUCGAAGUCCGCAACUGGCUUUUCAGAGAAGCCAAGGCCGACAUCUCGGUCUUCGAGAUCCUCAGCCCAACGCCGCUGAAUGUUCUCUCGACCAAGAUUGCUGCAAAGAGUAAAGCUUUACCUGCCGACAUCACAAAACAAGCUGCGGAGGAGCUGCAAGAGUAGAUUUCCAGAUUGGAUGGCAUCAAAAGCAUGUGGGCAUGAACAAUUUGGGAUCAAGAAUGUGAACAUGGAGUUUUAGGUGAAUUCGGGUAUGGAUUGGAUGUUGUCUGGCUUAAAGUGUCUUGUUUGAUAUGGCAUGUAGGAUUUGAGAUUGAGCGAGUGCAUAAUAGAUUUUCCUUACCUUCCACUCGUCAGUCUUGGCCAACUCGAGACAAUCCUAGAUGUUCAUGAGAGGAUGGCAAGUUCCU